AGCUCGCCGCGAACCCAAGAUGGCGGUGUGUGGACGUGUACGGAGGAUGUUUCGCUUGUCGGCGGCGUUGCAGCUGCUGCUGCUAGCGGCAGCCGGGGCCCAGAACAGCCACGGUCAGGGACAGGGUCUGGGGGCCAACCUUGUAUCUUUCCUAGGGCAAGCUGGAGGCGGCAGCCCGGCGGGGCAGCAGCCACCUCAGCUGCCUCAGUUAUCGCAGCAGCAGCAGCAGCAGCAGCCGCCUCAGCAGCAGCAGCAGCAGCAGCAGCAGCCGCAGCCGCCUGCUUUCCCGGCGGGCGGGCCCUCGGCCCGGCGGGGCGGAGCGGGGCCCGGCGGGACUGGCGGAGGCUGGAAGCUGGCGGAGGAAGAGUCCUGCAGAGAAGACGUGACCCGUGUGUGCCCCAAACACACCUGGAGCAACAACCUGGCGGUGCUCGAGUGCCUGCAGGACGUGAGGGAGCCUGACAAUGAAAUUUCUUCAGACUGCAAUCAUUUGUUGUGGAAUUACAAGCUGAACCUCACUACUGAUCAAUUUGAAUCUGUGGCCAGAGAGGUUUGCAAGUCAACUAUAUCAGAGAUUAAAGAAUGUGCUGAAGAACCAGUUGGUAAAGGUUACAUGGUUUCCUGCUUGGUGGAUCACCGAGGCAACAUAACUGAGUAUCAGUGUCACCAAUACAUUACCAAAAUGACAGCUAUCAUUUUCAGUGACUACCGUUUGAUUUGUGGCUUCAUGGAUGACUGCAAAAAUGACAUCAACAUUUUGAAAUGUGGCAGUAUUCGUCUUGGUGAAAAGGAUGCACAUUCACAAGGUGAGGUGGUGUCAUGUUUGGAAAAGGGCCUGGUGAAAGAAGCAGAAGAAAAAGAGCCCAAGAUUCAAGUCUCUGAACUCUGCAAGAAAGCCAUUCUCCGGGUGGCUGAGCUGUCCUCGGAUGACUUUCAUUUAGACCGGCAUUUGUAUUUUGCUUGCCGAGAUGAUCGGGAACGCUUUUGUGAAAAUACACAAGCUGGUGAAGGAAGAGUGUAUAAAUGUCUUUUUAACCAUAAAUUUGAAGAAUCCAUGAGUGAAAAGUGUAGAGAAGCACUAACUACACGCCAGAAGCUCAUUGCCCAGGAUUAUAAAGUCAGUUAUUCAUUGGCCAAAUCCUGUAAGAGUGACUUGAAGAAAUACCGAUGCAAUGUAGAGAACCUUCCUCGGUCCCGGGAAGCCAGGCUUUCCUACCUUCUGAUGUGCCUGGAGUCAGCUGUGCAUAGAGGUCGACAAGUGAGCAGUGAGUGCCAAGGGGAGAUGUUAGAUUACCGACGCAUGCUGAUGGAAGAUUUCUCUCUGAGCCCUGAGAUCAUCCUGAGCUGCCGAGGGGAGAUUGAACACCACUGCUCUGGAUUGCAUCGGAAAGGGCGAACCCUCCACUGUCUGAUGAAAGUAGUUCGGGGUGAAAAGGGGAACCUUGGAAUGAACUGCCAGCAGGCGCUUCAGACACUGAUUCAGGAGACUGACCCUGGUGCAGAUUACCGCAUUGAUCGGGCUUUGAAUGAAGCUUGUGAAUCUGUAAUCCAGACAGCCUGCAAACACAUACGCUCCGGAGACCCAAUGAUUCUGUCAUGUCUGAUGGAACACUUAUACACAGAGAAAAUGGUGGAAGACUGUGAACACCGUCUCUUAGAGCUGCAGUAUUUUAUCUCUCGGGAUUGGAAGUUGGACCCUGUAUUAUACCGAAAAUGCCAGGGAGAUGCUUCUCGCCUUUGCCAUACCCAUGGUUGGAAUGAGACCAGUGAACUCAUGCCUCCUGGAGCUGUGUUUUCUUGUUUAUAUAGGCACGCCUACCGUACAGAAGAGCAAGGAAGGAGGCUUUCACGAGAAUGCCGGGCUGAAGUACAAAGGAUCCUACACCAGCGUGCCAUGGAUGUUAAGCUGGAUCCUGCCCUCCAGGAUAAGUGCCUGAUAGAUCUUGGGAAAUGGUGUAGUGAGAAAACAGAGACUGGGCAGGAGCUUGAGUGCCUCCAAGACCAUCUUGAUGACUUAGCUGUGGAAUGCAGAGACAUAGUGGGCAACCUCACGGAGUUAGAGUCUGAGGAUAUCCAAAUAGAAGCUUUGCUGAUGAGAGCCUGUGAGCCUAUAAUUCAGAACUUUUGCCAUGAUGUGGCAGACAACCAGAUAGAUUCUGGGGACCUGAUGGAGUGUCUGAUACAGAACAAACACCAGAAGGACAUGAAUGAGAAGUGUGCCAUUGGAGUCACUCAUUUCCAGCUGGUACAGAUGAAGGAUUUUCGAUUCUCUUACAAGUUCAAAAUGGCCUGCAAGGAGGAUGUGUUAAAACUUUGUCCCAACAUAAAAAAGAAGGUUGAUGUAGUGAUCUGCCUGAGUACCACUGUGCGCAACGACACUCUGCAGGAAGCCAAGGAGCACCGGGUGUCCCUGAAGUGCCGCAAGCAACUCCGUGUGGAGGAGCUGGAGAUGACAGAAGACAUCCGUUUGGAACCAGAUCUGUACGAAGCCUGCAAGAGUGACAUCAAGAGCUAUUGUUCUACAGUGCAGUAUGGAAAUGCUCAGAUUAUUGAGUGUCUGAAAGAAAACAAGAAGCAGCUGAGUACCCGUUGCCACCAGAAAGUGUUUAAGCUUCAGGAAACAGAGAUGAUGGACCCAGAACUAGACUAUACACUCAUGCGAGUCUGCAAGCAGAUGAUUAAGCGGUUCUGUCCAGAAGCAGAUUCUAAAACCAUGUUACAGUGCUUGAAGCAGAAUAAAAACAGUGAAUUGAUGGAUCCCAAAUGCAAACAGAUGAUAACCAAGCGCCAAAUCACCCAGAACACAGAUUACCGCUUAAACCCCGUGCUAAGGAAAGCCUGUAAAGCUGACAUCCCUAAAUUCUGUCAUGGUAUCCUGACCAAGGCAAAGGAUGAUUCGGAGCUAGAAGGCCAAGUCAUCUCAUGCCUCAAGCUGAGAUAUGCUGACCAGCGCCUGUCUUCAGACUGUGAGGACCAGAUCCGCAUCAUCAUCCAGGAGUCCGCUCUAGAUUACCGCCUGGACCCUCAGCUUCAGCUGCACUGCUCAGAUGAGAUUGCCAGCCUAUGUGCUGAAGAAGCAGCAGCCCAGGAGCAGACAGGCCAAGUGGAAGAAUGCCUCAAGGUCAACCUGCUCAAGAUCAAGACAGAGCUAUGUAAAAAGGAAGUGUUGAACAUGUUGAAGGAGAGCAAAGCAGACAUCUUUGUGGACCCAGUUCUUCACACAGCGUGUGCUCUGGACAUCAAACACCACUGUGCGGCCAUCACCCCUGGCCGAGGACGGCAGAUGUCCUGCCUAAUGGAGGCCUUGGAAGAUAAGAGAGUGAGGUUGCAGCCCGAGUGCAAAAAGCGUCUCAAUGACCGAAUUGAAAUGUGGAGUUAUGCAGCCAAGGUGGCCCCAGCAGAUGGCUUCUCUGAUCUUGCCAUGCAAGUCAUGACAUCGCCCUCGAAGAACUACAUCCUCUCUGUGAUCAGUGGGAGCAUCUGCAUACUGUUCCUGAUUGGCCUGAUGUGUGGACGGAUCACUAAGCGUGUGACACGAGAGCUCAAGGACAGGUAGAGCCGCCUGACCACCAAAGGAACUACCUGCCAGGCCCAGUUUGUACAGCCUUCCUGUAUAGUGAGUGCACCCUCUCACUUCGUCCCUCCACGAGGUGGCACCAACACCCACAGUAGAGCAGCAGCAUCAGGUGCCCACUGCAUCUUCCCAUCCAGACUUGGCCACACCCGCGGUGUCCUCCUCCUCCUCCUCCCAGCUGUCCUUGCGGCAUCGGCAGCUGGCUGCUUUGGUGGUAGCCUUUGUUGGUGAAGGGUUUACCUGCCUGUAGACAAUUCUGUCAUACCAACAGACCUGCCAGUACUUCCAGAAUUGAGACACCUGACCUGCAACUCAGAUUGUUUUUAAAAACAAAACAAAAAAGACAAAAAAAUUUAAAGAAGGAAACAGUGUAUAUAGUAGCCCAUCUCCUUCAGUCUUGACUCAGCAGUAGGGUCAUUUCUUUCAUGUAAAUGCAGCGGGUGGCAGCAGGACUUGGAGGAGCUAUGCAUAUCCGGUGCCUGAUCAUUGAAAUGUCUGGUUCCUCUCCUAGAAGCAACUUUGGGCCACAUCAAGGCAGGGGACUUCACCAAGUAGUGGGGACACUAAGCAGCCUGCCCUGGGUCUUGUUUGCCUCUGCUGCAGUGUGAUGCCUUCCAUCUCCCACCCCAGAUGAGCCCCUGCUGCCCGCAGCUCCAUAGGAACGGGCGUUGCUGUGAUCUCCCCACUUGAGAGCAGAGGCAGGAGCCUCCCUGGGUCGAUGGCAGUGGACUAGUGGGGAGCAGAAGUCUGUGAAGCAGGACUGUCCACUGAUCUGCACUAAGGCCUGUGUCUGAGCCUGGGGUUGCCCUGGAAGUUCUCUACCUCCGCAGGAAGUAGUUACUAGGUUGGGGUGUGGACUUCUGAGAUGAGGAUGAGGGUGGCAGUGCACGGAGGGACAGGGGGUGGACUCACUUCACUGUGUUUUUUGAGCUACAGUUCAGGCCAGAAAUGGUGGCUUCUACAGAUUAAGCCUGGUCUCGGAUGUGUGACUGGCAAUGAAGCCCGACCGUCUGUAAACGCCAGGCAGACUUCCCAGACAAGCUCUUGUGCCUCUCUGUGAAGGGAUGUGGAAGUGAUUGCAUUAAAAGAUGGAGGAUUUUCUCUGGGGUUUAGUUGUGGUGUUGUUGUUUCCAUUCUGUUCAUUUGCUGUGUGUACCCACUCUAGUAGGCACUGGCUAAAUGUUCCAUAAUCUGAGCUUUACAGGAGCAUGAUUCCCAGCCGUCUUGCCUCACUCCUCCAGGGUGGAAAUGGCAGGGUUAGGGCGUAAGAGGGAGAAACCCAGGUAGCGCAGUUCACCUUUGGCUCACCUUUGGUGAGUUUGGGCCAUGGCGUCACAGUGGCUGUACAGGAGGGUGGCAUGUACAGUAGGAGAUAUAUUUAUAUAAUAUAUAUUUUAUUAACCUGUUAGAUGUCCACAGAGUAUUAUAAAUCAUGUGCCUAAAACUGUCCGCACAGACCCAGGCCCUUUGCGGUGCCCUCUCUGCCCCUGGCUCUCAGUUACACCUACAAGUCCCGCUGCACCUGAGCGUGUGUGUCUUCCCUGAGAUGUGUGUGUUAGUGCAAGCUGGGUCAGUUUCGAUCAGUUUCUCCACAUUACUCCUUGUCUGACCUGACUGACACUGAUUUGAAUACUGUGGUUUUCUUUUUUUGCUGCCUCUUCUGGUGGCAGUGAGUUCCAGAACCAGCUGUGUGUCCCCUGUGUAGGGACAGGAGUCGCCAGGCGAGCUGCCUGCUAAGCUGCCUGGUUCCCUCAGUAUUGCUUUUAGAGUCUUCCUGGUUCUCAGCACCUGUCCUGGGAUUCUUGAGUUUGAUGAGACUUAAAGUCCCUGCUCUGUAAGCAACACCCUCCACUGCUAACUGGCUAAACCAGUCCUUAAAGCCCCUCUCCCCAAAAGUCUCAGCAUCACACUGGGGCUGAUAUCCAGAACUGCACACGUUGUUGAAGGUAGCCCCCUGACAUCUCUGUGAUUCAGGGUCACAUUGAUGUUCAGAGUAGACUAGGGUAGGAUCAUGGCUCUGAUCCCUGAUGCCUCCCUCCUGAUACGUCUUCUCACAUGUCUUGAUAUUUCUGUUUCUACACUGACAGGAAUCCUCACUGUCUGUAGAUUUGGAGGUUUGCUGAGUUAGGUUCUUAAAAUAUUUGUCAUUAGAAAUGGUCAGAAUAGAAGUGAUAGCUACCAGGGUCUUGAAUUGCCUAGUACAGGAAGUGUUCAUCUUCCUUGGAGUAGUUCUUACGGCUGGCUCUUAGUCUUAGGCCUGGUCUCGAGUAGGUUUUUCUAGUCUCUCUCUGGGGUCCAGUGCUGUCCAUUCUGUAGCUUGUUGGGCAUAGUGGAGUGGGCUCUAGGGCACUCGAGCCCCUGGCCUCAUAAGUCCAUCAUGGGUAUAAAUUAGAUAGUCAUAAACUAGUCAAGAACCCCGACCCUGCAGUGGGAGCCAAAGUCUGAGCCUUGCGUUUGCUGGACUUCAUUGCCUAAGAACAGAAGCAGUCAGGAGGUUUGGGCCAAGGCUUCGGCAGCCAGGUCACGAUGGUCUCCCUUUGCCAGCUCAUGCCAGUGUCUUGGGGACUGUUGGUGGUACACUACCCUUUGCUGCUUCAGAAAAUCAGAGGCCUGACUGAGGGCCUCUGUGGACCAGUUCAGAAAUCUGGAUAGUGAGUCAAGAACCAGACUAAUCUCUGAUGGGACCUUUCCCAGUGAAGGAACACUCCAGGAGCAAGACAUUCAUUUUACCAGGGUGCAUCCCUGGACUUGAUUGCUGUUGCUGCUGUCAGAGGACAUGCCGGCAGUCUGGCCCUGGGAAGUCCUUAGACUCUGCAGUCUCAGAGAACACCUGGCUACAUUUCCAGCCCUGGUGCUGUGGGUCAAGUCAGCAUGCUGAGCUAGUGCAUCCUUAGUAGGUGGGGCACUCCAGUGGCAUUUAGUGAUCAGGUGGUGACAGAACCCAUUAAAGGUACCACGGCUACCAUCUCCUGCUUUUAGAUAGGAGCAUCCAGGCCAGCAUGAGGCCAAAAAUGGGUGAGAAAGAGUCCUCUGUCACAGAUGAAUUGGCAGAAUGUUAUUACCCAACUUUAUGUCUUCCUGUUUCCUGAAGUCAAGUGAUAGAGGACACCCUGUUAUCAGACACACUGGGUCGGGGUUACAUGAUUAGUGCCCUCAGCCUUCCUGAGAGAACAUUUACUCUUGUGUAUCAGUGUGACUUCCAGAACUCUCCAUGCUCCCUUAGAGGCUGUGUACCAUUUCUGGGCUCUCCUGGCUGGUCUCAAGUCUUCUGAAAAGAUACCUCCCUUCCUAUUCUUUCCCCUGUCCCAAAACAAAAACAAACUUUGCCCACUCGCCCCAGGCUCAGUAUCUCAGGAGGAUGCUAGCGGUACUCAGAAGUCAGCCGGCCCAAGUCAGGGCCACAGAACUAGAAGGUGGUGGUGGCCUUUUGAAUUACAUGCCUCUUGCAAGUUUGUGUUUCGAUUUCUUGUGAAUUUGAAAACACAAAGCUCAGAAUGCCCUCUUGGAUUUCUCCGUCCUACUGGGUUUUGGUUCCCAAAGGGCUGUACCUGCUUUUCUGGUCUCCCUUCCCCUCCAUGUACCUUUGAUUGCCGUCUGUCCAGCCACACUUUUCCUUGGCCUCUCCAGUUUCACCUGUUAAGGUAAUCAAGUUUAAAGUCAAAUUUCCCUUCUUGCUACCCAGUUCUCAGACAACAGUGAGUUGUAAGCAAACGAAGAUUAAACCUCAAAGGGACACACUCCCCUGAGCAGACAGUGAGGCUGCAGUGUGGGCUCAGGAGGUGGUGACAGAUCCUGACACGGCUCUUCUCUGACAUCUUUACCCACUUCCCGGGCCCUGAGCUCCAGGCUGUGGAGAGCUCCCUAGGUGAGGAGAUGUGCAGACCAUGCCUCUAGAUCAUGUUUCGCCUUUUCCCAACCCGAAGCUGACAUGCGAGCCUCAGAGCAUGGAGUCCUUUGCUAGCACAGGUCCCAGGUCACCGGCUGCGCAGUGGGCGGCUGGGCCUUCUGAGGGUUGCCCCCUGCCGGACGGCAGAGUAGUGAGUGCUGUACCAGGUCUCGGGCCGCGAACCUGGUUCUGCUUCUCAUUUUGGUUUUUGGUUUUGUUUUUUUAAACAAAAAGUACAAUUAACAAGCCUCUUUUGUAAAUGGAUUUCCUUUCUAUGUAUAAAACCCCUGCAGUUCCUUGUUUUUACAUGUUCAUGCUGUGCAAUUUCAAGAUGUUACUGAGAUUCUGAACAUAAUGUGCAUUUUUUUUUCUGUACAGAUGAAAUGGGAGAAUUUAAUAAAGAGUUUGCAGGUUUGUA